GGGUGGAGGGGGGGGAGAUGGCGGGGGAGCUGGGCUCCUGCCAAGCCCCCCCGCCCGGGCGGCUGCCGGGGAGCCCGCAGUAGCGGCACGCGCAGAUGAUAGAGGACGGACGCCUUUCUGCUCGCUCACACCUUUCAAGUGGGAGCCUCUUGAGGCAAAUCAACAAGAAUGUGGCUCCUGGGCGAGGGUCCGGGCGGCUGGGGCUGCCCACGGCGGAAGGGCGGUGGCCGGCGGGGGACUGAUAACUUUAAAAGGACAUCUUCUGCUGCCUCCCCGCUCGGCCGCUUUAUCGCUGCAAGUGGCAGAAUGGGGAGGGUUUCGCCCUCUCGGGUUCGGGGGAAGAGCCGGGGGGCUAUAAAAAGAGGGCGCGCCGGGCAGCUGGGAGGCAGAGCCGGACACGGGCCAGCGCGGGCGGCGGGAGAGGACCAGCAGACCCUCUGUGCACCAACGCCACCAUGGGCUCCUUCCCCGCCGUCGCCGCCAGCUGCCUGCUCUUCCUGGCUCUCCAGCUCCCGGGGCCGGGCUCCGCCACCCCCGUGCGUGGCGCCGUGUCCAACGCGGACCUGAUGGACUUCAAGAACCUGCUGGACCACCUAGAGGACAAGCUCUCCCUGGGGGACGCAGACGUGCCCCCGCAGGGGCUGGCCGAGGAGGCCGAGGAGGCCGGCACCGAGCUGAACCCCCUGCCCGAACUGCCAUCCUGGCCCGGAGAGGUCAACGCAGCCCCGAGGGACGGGGGUGCCCUUGGGCGGGGCCCCUGGGACGCCUCCGAGAGGUCGGCCCUCCUGAAGAACAAGCUGAGGGCGCUGCUCGCGGCCCCGCGGAGCCUGCGCAGGUCCAGCUGCUUUGGCGGGAGGAUGGACAGGAUCGGGGCCCAGAGCGGGCUGGGCUGCAACAGCUUCCGGUACCGCAGAUAACGGCCCGGGAGGCAAAGGUGUGCAGGCCCGACCCUCCCUCCGCCCCUGGGUCUCCUCCAGCCUCCUGCUGCCUCAUCGCCAUGAAGCCGGUGGGGGCACGGACUCAGCUGCAGCCGCCGCCCCGCCCCCUGUCCUGUGCUAAAUGUAGAUGACGCGGGUGUCUGUGGCCCCCGCCGCUCCUCCCCACGCGCUCAGCUUUAGGGCAGCCCCUCACCACCCGCUCCUGGAAACCGUUUGAAAUGAAUAAACUUCAGCACCAAGGCCA